CUUAUUGCCGCGUUUGCCGGCAACGCAACAGGUGUUUCCGGUUUACGUUUAUUGCCUGAGCAGUUGCCCGCAACUUGAGAUUUUGUUUACAAGUGAACAUAACAAUGCUGAAUCAAAGCGAAUCUUGUCUCGCCUAAAAUUAUUAGAAUGGCAGCGAAAAAUGAUGAUUCUUCGUUGAAGGACGACUUUUUGGCAGCUUAUCAUUCAAUUCUAUUCUCCAGAACGAGCGAAAAUGAUACGGAUGUCGAGCGACGACGUCUUGCUGUCAAAUAUUUGACUGCCCGAAAUGUUCAAUCUGAAGAAACCGCAGCCAUCCUACUGAGAGAGGGACUUGCACAGUACGAAAACUUGGUCGAAAAGACUGAAUUACUAAAGGGAAUAAAACCGAAGGAAAAUCCAGAUAGAAAAAAAUGGAGAUCAAGUUUGAAAGACCCUUUUCAAGUUCUUUCGUUACUCAAGCCAUUGCCAUGUCAAAAAAAUAUCACAGACAAGGUUUGCAGGAGAGAAAUUAUGGACAGAGACGUGGAAAACUUGGUGAGAGAAGCAGACAAUUUUCCAAUGAAUAGAAAAGUGUCAAAUGCACAGCCGGAUCGAGUUGUGUCAAGAGGAUAUUCAAAACCGGAACAAGGUCUCAUACCUCGUGCUCAUUAUAGCAACUCAGUAGAUCCACAGUUAAGUAGAAACUCAAGGAACGAAUGGGUAAAGGUGGAAGAUGAUGGUCCCAGAAAUCGAAGACUUAACGCUUUUAGAAUGCAAAAUGAAAAUUCGUCCAUUCGGAAAGUCCAGAACAGGAAUUUGUGGGAGAGACAGGAGCAAAUAUCAAGGAGGAAUGAAGAUACAUCAGAGAAUUCGAGGUCAGAGAAUGAAACAUGGACUAGGAGGUACAAUAGAAACCAUACAGAAAGAAUGGACGAUGAAGAGAGCGACAGAACAGUUGACGAAAAACCGAAAUUCGGACCGUUUAGAACAGCAAAAACAGAAUUGCAUAUCCAACAAAAGCAGCAAAAGGCUGUAAAGAAAAGCCUUGGUGGAAAGUCCUCAGUAAAUUCGAAAUUCGUGUGUCCAUUGAAGCGUGAAAAGGAUCAGGAAACUGAAAAAGUCGAGAAUCUGCCAAAAGAAAAUGGAGAGCCGGAAGAUGAAAGGUUGAAAGGUAUAGACGAGAAAUUGAUUGAAAUGAUAAGAAAUGAAAUAAUGGAUAACGGCGCAUUGGUGUCUUGGGACGACGUGGCUGGAUUGGAACAUGCAAAGAAGAUAAUAAAAGAAAUAGUAGUAUUGCCCAUGUUGAGACCGGACAUAUUCACAGGGCUGAGGCGUCCACCGAAAGGGAUGUUACUUUUUGGACCACCAGGCACAGGCAAGACCCUGAUCGGCAAAUGUAUAGCUUCGCAGAGCAAAUCGACGUUUUUCUCUAUAUCAGCGAGUUCGUUGACUUCCAAAUGGAUUGGAGAGGGUGAAAAAAUGGUACGAGCAUUGUUCGCUGUUGCUAGAGUUCAUCAACCAUCGGUGAUAUUCAUGGAUGAGAUUGAUUCGCUGUUGACUCAAAGAUCAGAGACCGAGCACGAAAGUUCAAGGCGUAUAAAGACAGAAUUUUUAGUACAAUUAGAUGGUGCUGCGACUGGCGAAGAGGAUCGUAUAUUAGUGAUUGGCGCGACGAAUAGACCGCAAGAAUUGGACGAAGCUGCAAGAAGACGAUUCGUCAAAAGACUUUACGUUCCGCUCCCGGAAUUGGAGGCUCGCAGACAAAUCGUCGUAAAUCUUCUGGCCGCUAUACCACACAAUCUUACUUCCCAUGACAUCGAUCGAGUAGCGGAAUUAACGGAGCAUUACUCCGGGGCUGAUAUGACGAAUCUAUGCAAAGAAGCGAGCAUGGGGCCAAUCAGAAGUAUCCCAUUCGAGAUGCUAGAAAAUAUAAGAAAAGAAGACGUCAGACGUGUCACGGCCGAAGAUUUCAACAGUGCGCUCAUUCACGUUCGACCCAGCGUUUCUCAAUCUGACCUCGGACUCUACGUCAAUUGGGAUCGGACUUACGGCAGUGGUACUGCUACAACUGGCAAAAUCUAACUUCAUAGGAGAACAAAAUUUCAAGACAGUUUUUUUACUUAUUUCGAAGCUUUAUUAUGAAUCAUGAAAAUAAACUUAUCUUUAUUUUAUUGUA